GAUUGUUUUAUUUUGAAAGGAUAAAGGAAGCAUUAUACUCAGCUUGAAUACUAUACUCUCUUCUCACUGGCUGGCGGUUUGACGCUGUACGUGCGUAGGCGCUUCCUCAACUUGACUAGCAGAAACAGCAAAAUAGAAGAUGGCUGGUCACCGGUUGGUCCUGGUGUUAGGUGACCUGCACAUCCCCCACCGGUGCAACACCCUGCCAGCCAAAUUCAAGAAGCUUUUGGUCCCGGGGAAGAUCCAGCACAUUCUCUGCACGGGCAACCUGUGCACCAAGGAGAGCUAUGACUACCUGAAGACUCUCGCAGGAGACGUCCACAUAGUCCGAGGAGACUUCGACGAGAACCUGAACUACCCGGAGCAGAAGGUGGUCACAGUGGGCCAGUUCAAGAUCGGUCUGAUCCACGGCCACCAGGUGAUCCCCUGGGGCGACAUGGCCAGUCUGGCGCUGCUCCAGAGGCAGCUGGACGUCGACAUCCUCAUCUCAGGGCACACGCACAAGUUCGAGGCCUUUGAGAACGAAAACAAGUUCUACAUCAACCCCGGUUCGGCCACUGGAGCCUACAGCGCACUGGAAAGCAACAUCAUCCCCUCCUUUGUAUUAAUGGACAUCCAGGCGUCCACCGUGGUGACGUAUGUUUAUCAGCUGAUCGGCGACGACGUCAAGGUGGAGAGAAUCGAGUACAAGAAAUCUUAAAGGAUGGCAGGAGGAGGAGCAGGAGGAGAGGAGUUGGGUUAACGUUGCUCAGCGUGUCGUUUCAUUCCUGUCCACCAGGGGGCAGCAGCUGCCCUGCAGUCACCACAAUGUUAAUGCUGUAACAAGCUGUUCAGUAAGUUAACUCUAAAGACCUGUGUAUUAUAUUGUUUAUAUUGUCAUCAGCAUUUGCUUGUAUCCAAGCUGUCAUUUGGUAACUGUAGAGAAUGCAAUAAUGUCACAUGUAUUUGUUAUCAAAAGAAAUAUUUGGUGCCAUUUCCUCUUUUUUUGUUUUUUUUUUUGCCCUCUUCAUGUAACCAAGAGACCUGUAGCUUCUUGUAGUCUGCCUUUUUCAGUUAUUUCUUCCCCACAAUAAAGAUCUACUUUCACUCUA